AUCAAACUUUUAUGUUCAAAAAUUCCCUGCAAAAGUACAGGUAUGCAACUCAAAGCACGCCACUCGGAAGCGGUCUAGACUUGUUGAACAUUGUUGAUAGUUGAUGGAUUGAUAACACCUGAUAAUUACCUAUGCAAGUAAAUUCAAUCAUUCAAUUUCAUAGUUGGCUAAUUGAUGAUGAUCAUCUGAUGGUUUGAACUUUGAAGUUAGCGUUACUUGUUUCCGUAUAUGUUUAAUUAUUGAAUACGAUACCUGUUUUGAUGGUUGGUUCGAUCGUGAAGUUCUUGAUUGGUAGACAUCAUGAGCUGGUCCGAUGAUGAUGAUUUUUACGAAUGCAAAAAGUGUAAAGUUGAUGCUUCUUACCAGUUCGUUUCAAUAAAUCCGGUGAUUUUAACCAACGUUCCCAAAUUAACGGAUAUGGCUUCUGUUACGGUCGCGGCCAGUCUAUGGAAUCACGUCAACGUACCAGAAGCUGUUCAUGGUGUAGAUCAGAGAUGUACGAAAAAUAGCAAAGAAUGGGGUGCAUUGUGCGAACAAGUAAACAAAUUAAUCGAAGGAUUACCCGUACCUAACCCUAUCGCCGAACAAAUCGAAAACUACGUGCGUAAAUUGGCGAACGCAAUAACCGUUUGGGUAUCGUAUCAUUAUCGAACGGUGUUUUUGAAAAAUGGGCUCGAUAAAUUUCUCUAUAGUCACGUGUAUCAUAUUGCUUGGAAUCAGAACGGAACCAUCGAUUGCGUAAAAACGGCCAAAAAUAUGAAGACGUCGCUCAGAUUAAGCGAAGUUGAAAAGCUCCGGUUUUUGUCUGUGUAUUGCUUAAAAGAAGAAAUGGAUGAGAUGUCGCCGUCGUUGUAUUUGAGCCAUGUUCUCGAUCAUGUGAGUUGUAAUGAAAAUCCAUUGAUUUACUACUGGUGUCGUUAUUUUCAAAACGAAUUGGACAAGAUAUUUUCGCCUGCGACUAUUGGUGAAAAUCCGAAUAUAUCUGUCGACGUUUACAUGUUACGAAAUCGUAAAGUUGACAAUUGGUCCGCCAAGCAGUAUUUUUUCGAUCGGUUAAGCCCCGAAGAACAGGUACAGCAGGCUAUUUGGCUGAUUGAUAAACAUGGCGCCGUUUACCAGAAAGCAGUAAUGUUGAAGUUGGAUGAAACCCAACGUUUGCACGUCUACAUGAAACGAGCUGUGCGGAUAAUCAUUAAUUAUGCUCGUUUUCGUGGCAAUACCAGUUUUAUUCUGCUGACGUGGUCCGAAGCUCGUCAUUUGUUAAGUCCUGAUCAGUUUUCUACCCUGUUUCGCGACCUGUUACAAGCAGAAAUCAACGAUACCGUUUUAACAGAGAUUUGGAUAAGUGCUACCGAUGACUUGAAACAGCAUGCGGUUUCUUUCAACGAUCACGAAAUUGUCCGAAGUGUGUUAUUUCGUAAAAAGUGCAAACGCAGCGAGUUUAUUUUCGUUUUACUGCAGAAUUCGAGCGCAGCUGUCAGAAAAGCCAUCAUGACGAAAACAUUUUUCAACAUCUACCUCGGAGAAUUACUAAUGAAUAGUAGAUUUCACAGAUUUGAUCGAUUGCUGGAAUUUUGUCUGCCCUACACCGAGGAAUUGGCUCGAUUCAGAAUAAACUUUUUGAAUAAUUCGCAACGUGUCAGAGGUAUCUGCUUGAAAUUCUAUUCCACCGGCGAUUCGAAUGGUUUGAAUGAUUUUCUCAAACAGCUUGUGGCACCUUGUCCGGAUAUCAUAGUCGAGUAUAAAAAGAAUCUGCUGACUUCGGCACAUGGCGUUAAUCAGUGUAUCAGGGUUAUGGAUAAAGAAGUUGAUGUCUUGAAUACGAUUUUUGAAGCCAGUUUACCAGAUGCGAGCUCUAUAGCCGAAUUUAAAAGGACGGUGAUUUUCACACCGACGGUAAUUGCUAAAUUGAAGUAUUCGAUAAUUAAGAAACGCCUGAACGUCGUACAAAGGUGUAUCGAUCGCUUUCUCACCUCAGAUGAAGAUAAAAACACCCUGAAGAAGCAAUUAAUCGGCGACACUAUGGAACUGAAAUUUAUGCAGACAAUAUUACAGGUUAACGAUGCAUCGUACUUGCAAGCUGUAACGAUUUGGUAUUUUGGAAAUGAAAAUACGCUGCUAGAGUUUAAACAGUCAUUGUCGUUGGACUCGAUUUUCAUCGGGAUGUUGAAAAAUUGUGUCUUUUACCAUUAUCAUCGUUCGUGGUCGCGAUGCAACUUCAAAUACUGCAACGUUAACGAUUUCGACGUCAUUGAACGGUUUUUAACUUGGUAUUUCGAGUCGUCGGUCGAAGUGAAGAAGUACAAGAUUAAGAUGAUUAAUUCCUAUGAUCGGAUAGAUAUGUUCAGCACUAUAUUGAAAGGAAACAGGGGAGAAUCGCAGUUGAAAACCAUACUACAAUGGGUUUUCCAAAACGACGCCGACGAAAUUGCGAAAUUCAAAAUGCGUGGUGGCAAAAUUGCUGGUUUGUUGUAGGCUGUUAUUGUUUUCCGUAUUACCUGUAGGUACCUAGAUAGGUACUCACGAUAUUGUUGACUUUACUUUUAGUAGGUAUUAUAACUUGCGGUUUUUUUUUUUCGUUAUGAUCUCUCGUGCUGAUUUAUGAAAAUAAGUUCUGUUUUAUGUUUGUUGUUUUUUUUUUCGUUAAGAAUUGAGUCAUUUAUUAUUACCUAUUAACUAAGUUUUGUUUUUGUUUUAAUCAAAAGAUCAAUUUUGUUUUGAAUUUUAAUAAAAUUACUACGAGUGCGA